ACCGAAGCCUGGUAUUUCCUUUUGCGGAACCCGACACCUGACGCCACCUCCUCAGUCGCUGGAUCGCCAGUCUUCCUCACUCUACCGAGCGAAACGCCGAGUGCUGCUUUCUGUUUACUGCCUGUGGACAAGAAAAAAAAAAAAAGAGGAGAAAAAUGAGCAAAAUUUCAAAGUUUUUCAAGGGGAAUUCGAAUUCCUCGAAAAAGCACGGGCCGACUCCUCAGGAAGCGAUCCACAAGCUGCGGGAAACGGAGGAAAUGUUGACGAAGAAGCAGGAGUACCUGGAGAAGAGGAUCGAGCAGGAGCUGGCGACCGCCAAGAAGCACGGCACGAAGAACAAGCGAGCUGCACUUCAGGCACUCAAGAGGAAGAAGAGAUUUGAGCAGCAACUGUCACAAAUUGAUGGGACCUUAUCAACCAUUGAGUUCCAGAGGGAAGCUCUUGAGAAUGCUAAUACAAAUACAGAAGUCUUGAAGAACAUGAGCUACGCUGCCAAAGCCAUCAGCUCUGCCCAUGAAAACAUGGACUUGGACAAAAUCGAUUCACUAAUGCAGGAUAUCACCGAGCAGCAGGAAAUCGCACAAGAAAUUUCAGAUGCCAUAUCCAGACCUGCAGGAUUUGGAGAAGAGUUUGAUGAGGAUGAGCUGUUGGCUGAGCUUGAGGAUCUUGAGCAGGAGGAUCUGGAUCAGCACUUGGUCACAGCUGGAGGAUUGCCUACUGUUCCGUCGUCAUCGUUGCCGUCUCGACCUGCUUCAAAAAAGAAAGUGGAGGUUGAUGAAGACAUGGAGCAGCUUGCAGCCUGGGCUUCAUAAGAACAAUUUCCUAUUUUGGAUUACCAGAAGUUAACAUUAGAGAAGUCUACGAACUUUAUUAAUGAUUUUUUUUGUAGGGUUUGUAAUUUGAAAAAAAAACACUAAUUUUUCUGUUUUUUGGGGUUUUAUCUGUAACAGUAAAUGUCUUUUGUAAACUCAUUUCCCACAGUAAUUUUUAGCUUGGGUUGCGUGGCGAUGUUGAGAGCUAUGUGCUGGGAAGCCACUUAGUGUUUUAUAAAUCUGAGGGCAAAUAAAAUGAUGAGUGGAAUGUUAAAAUCCAAAUAAAAAGGGAAUGGGAUCGACCAAUUCUUACAGCUAAAAGCUACGAAAUCACAAUACGUGUUCUGCCAGCCGGCAGUGCUGCGUCUCUAAAGAUCUGUGCAGACAGCCAGUCAUCUGCAAACUUGAUGGACCUUAUGGUCGUAACGUUUGACUGCUUUAGAGGCUACAUCCCAUAAUCAAGCAUUAUUUAAAAGAUUUGCACAAAUAAAUUAAACACGUUUAUUGUAAA